AUGACCGAUCAACAACAACCCCAAACUUUACUUUUUACUUGUUUAGCUUGUCAAGUUGGUUUUUCUUCUGCUGAACUUCAACGAAAUCAUUAUGUUUCAGAUUGGCAUCGAUACAAUUUAAAAAGGAAGGUUGUCGAUUUAUCACCUGUAACCUUGGAAGUAUUUACUCAAAAAGUCUUGGCUCAACAACGAAAAAAUCAAAUUGCAAUUGAAAAAGAAAAUUUUUCUGUUGAAUGUGGUGUUUGCAAUAAAAUUUAUUAUUCAAAUAAUGCAUAUGUAAACCAUUUAAAGUCAAAUAAACAUAAAGUUGCAGAAACUAGAUCCACAACCACUACUAGUAUUAGUGACACAAAAACUAAAGAUUCCUUAUUAAAAAAUACCAGUAACAUCAAUGUAGAUGAUGAUAAUAAUGAUUCACAAAAAAUGCCGAAAAAAGAACAAGAAAUUAAAGUGUUAACAAUGGAAGAUGAGACAAGCACUUUAUUGUUGGUGGAUAAAAAGAUAGAAACUUCUAUUCGUUUAGGAGAGAUGGAUUGUUUGUUCUGUGCACAUAAAUCCGAUACUUUUGAUGACAAUAUCACUCAUAUGGCUAAAGUUCAUAGUUUCUUUAUACCUGAAGUUGAAUAUUUAGUUAAUAUACGAGGAUUAAUUAAAUAUUUAGGAGAAAAGAUUUCGGUUGGUAAUGUAUGCCUUUACUGUAAUGGACGUGGAAAGGGUUUUCAAAGUCUUGAAGCCGUUAGAAAACACAUGAUUGAUAAAGGCCAUACUAUGAUAAUUUAUGAUCAAGAAGAUGAUAUUAUGGAAAUAUCUGAUUAUUAUGAUUUUAGAUCUAGCUAUUCUGAUCUGGAUAUUGAUGAUGAUAACGAUGAUGAGGAUGAAUUACCAAAAAGGAACAUGAUAUAUCAAGAUAAAAUGGAAUUAGUGUUGCCUUCAGGUGCACGUAUUGGUCAUCGCUCCUUGGCAAGAUAUUAUAAACAAAAUCUCCGUAAUAGAGAGGGAAAUAAUGACGUUUCAAUAAUUAAAAAAUUGAUAACUCAUUAUGCCAAUAGUAUGGGUUACUCACAACAAUCUGGAGGUGUGUUAAUCACACAUGAUGGUGAAAAAAAUUUUAAAAUUCUUCAACGAAAUAAAUAUCAAGAUAAAAGACGUCAACAGAAUUUUGAUACACGCAUUGGAGUCAAAGCAAAUAAAUUACAACGGUAUUUUAGACCACAAAUUAUGUAA